GCAGGGAAAGGGGAGCGGGCACACACCCCACGGGUUUCCUCGGCCCUUCUGGCCAUGCCUUGAGGGGAGGGAAGACAGCUGGCCUUUAGCCGGAAUGGCACAAGCUUCCAUGGAGCUAACCAGAAUGGAGUUUCUGGUUACAGAGGCACCUGCGGCCUUCGGCCUGCGGCUUUUCACUACGGCAUGUCGCGCGUUGUGGGUGGCACAGAUGCCCAGCCAGGGGCCUGGCCCUGGAUCGUCAGCAUCGAGGCUCCCUUGGAAGGAGGCACGGCGCACAUCUGCGGGGGUUCCCUCAUCAGCCCACAGUGGGUCCUCACAUCAGCCCACUGCUUCAUCGAGGCCAGGAACAUCACCAUGUGGCAGGUGGUGGUAGGUGCCACCCGGCUGACCCAGCUGGGACCUGAGGCCCAGGUGCGCAACAUCAAGCAGCUGCUGGUUCACCAGCACUUCAAUAAUAUCACGUGGAGAAACGACAUUGCCUUGCUGGAACUGGAGCAGCCUGUCCAGUGCAACAGCUACGUACAGCUUGCCUGCGUGCCCGAUGCCUCGCUGAGAGUCUCGGAGCUGACAGAGUGCUACGUCAGUGGCUGGGGUGCCAGGACUGCAAGAGGUGAGCUCCCAAAAUGUAGAUCGGCGUAUGUGCUGCAGGAGGCCCAGGUGCACCUCAUUGAUGCCGGGGUCUGUAACAGCAGCGGCUGGUACAGAGGGGCCAUCCACACCCACAACAUCUGUGCUGGCUAUCCGCAGGGUGGCAUCGACACCUGCCAGGGGGACAGCGGUGGGCCUCUUGUGUGCCAAGACAAGAGCGCUGACUACUUCUGGCUUGUUGGCCUGACCAGCUGGGGGAUGGGCUGUGCGAGAGCAAAGAAGCCCGGAGUCUACACCUCCACCCAGCACUUCUACAACUGGAUCCUGGAACAGAUGGGCCUGCACACAGCAGUAGCGACUACGGCAAGGCCGCAGCCAGCCUUCACCUCCACCCCCGUUCACAGGCCAACACCAACAGAAGCAGGAAGGUUUAUACCCUGCCCACUUCCAGUGCAGAAGCUGUGGGAUUUCCUUUCUUGGCUGCAGAAGUUGGUGCAGUUCCUAAUAGGAGAAAGGAGAAUUACGGCCAUCCCAUUGCUGCCGCCGCUGACCCCUGCCUCACUGGGCACCCGGGUGCCAUCAUCAAGCAGUAGCAACGUCAGCAUCACGGCCACAGGCUUCCCGAGGGACAAGGCCAAGCUGUCCCCAAGGCAGAGGGAUGCCCGGGACACCGGCCACCUGCUCUCACAGCCCCGGAGGGUUGGGUCCUUGAGCUGCCAGCUGGGCACCGUGGCCUCGCUGGAGCAGAGGCCAGCCUCAUUCCAUGGGCAGCUCUGCCAGGCGCCACCGGGGCUCCUCGUCCAGCCCCUUCGGAGUGACUCCAGCACCACGGCAGCUGAGCGGGACUGGGGGUCCGCGAGCAAACCCACCCCACCGAGCAGGAGAGCAAGCAGCUGA